AAAUCUAAUGACCUGCCACGGUCACACUUUCAUAGUUCGGAAAUUUGUCGCUUGCUGGAAGUUUGUGGACGAAUUUAUAUUUAAUUCUUAAGCUCUUGAUAUCGGGAAUCCGGCUGCCACAAUGGGUUCCCUGUUCCGCAGCGAGGAAAUGGCUCUGUGCCAGCUGUUCCUGCAGAGCGAGGCGGCCUACGCCUGCGUCUCCGAAUUGGGCGAACUGGGAUUGGUCCAGUUCCGAGAUCUCAAUCCCGAUGUGAACGCCUUUCAGAGGAAGUUCGUCAACGAGGUGCGCCGCUGCGAUGAAAUGGAGCGCAAGCUGCGUUACCUGGAGAAGGAGAUCAAGAAGGACGGCAUCCCCAUGUUGGACACCGGGGAGAGUCCCGAGGCCCCGCAGCCCCGUGAGAUGAUCGACCUGGAGGCCACCUUCGAGAAACUGGAGAACGAGUUGAGGGAGGUGAAUCAGAACGCCGAGGCCCUGAAGCGCAACUUUCUGGAGCUGACCGAGCUGAAGCACAUUCUGCGCAAAACCCAGGUGUUCUUCGACGAGCAAGAAGGCGGCGUAAACCAAACGACCGAGUCGAUGACCCGCGCCUUAAUCACGGACGAGGCGCGCACCGCUGGUGCCUCCAUGGGUCCCGUACAGCUCGGUUACAUGGAAAAAUCAAACGAACGUGAGGAUUAUCUUCCAUGCUUCGUGGCUGGCGUCAUCCUGAGGGAGCGACUGCCGGCUUUCGAGCGGAUGCUGUGGCGCGCCUGCAGGGGCAACGUCUUUCUGCGCCAGGCGAUGAUCGAGACGCCGCUGGAGGAUCCCACCAAUGGCGACCAGGUGCACAAGUCCGUGUUCAUCAUCUUCUUCCAGGGUGACCAGCUGAAGACGCGCGUCAAGAAGAUCUGUGAGGGCUUCCGGGCCACGCUCUAUCCUUGCCCCGAAGCUCCAGCCGAUCGGCGAGAAAUGGCUAUGGGUGUGAUGACCCGCAUCGAAGAUCUGAACACCGUGCUCGGCCAGACGCAGGACCAUCGCCAUCGUGUCCUGGUUGCUGCGGCCAAGAACCUUAAGAACUGGUUCGUCAAGGUGCGCAAGAUCAAGGCCAUCUACCAUACACUGAAUCUCUUCAAUCUGGACGUGACCCAGAAGUGUCUGAUCGCCGAGUGCUGGGUGCCGCUGCUGGACAUUGAGACCAUCCAGCUGGCCUUGCGCCGCGGAACCGAAAGAUCGGGAUCGUCGGUGCCGCCAAUUCUGAACCGGAUGCAGACGUUCGAGAAUCCGCCAACUUACAACCGAACGAACAAGUUUACCAAGGCCUUUCAGGCAUUGAUCGAUGCCUAUGGUGUGGCCAGCUAUCGGGAGAUGAAUCCGGCACCGUACACGAUCAUCACUUUUCCCUUCCUGUUCGCCGUGAUGUUUGGAGAUUUGGGCCACGGCGCCAUCAUGGCGCUCUUCGGCCUCUGGAUGAUUCGAAAGGAGAAGGGACUGGCGGCUCAAAAGACGGACAACGAGAUCUGGAAUAUAUUCUUUGGCGGACGGUACAUCAUCUUCCUCAUGGGCGUCUUCUCCAUGUACACGGGUCUAAUAUACAACGAUAUAUUCUCCAAGUCACUGAAUAUCUUUGGAUCCCAUUGGCAUUUGUCCUACAACAAGUCCACGGUGAUGGAGAACAAGUUCCUGCAGUUGAGCCCGAAAGGCGACUACGAGGGCGCUCCGUAUCCGUUCGGCAUGGACCCCAUUUGGCAGGUGGCGGGAGCCAACAAGAUCAUCUUCCACAACGCCUACAAGAUGAAGAUUUCGAUCAUUUUCGGUGUUAUCCACAUGAUCUUCGGCGUGGUGAUGAGCUGGCACAACCAUACAUAUUUCCGGAACAGAAUCUCCCUGCUCUACGAGUUCAUUCCCCAGCUGAUCUUCCUGCUGCUGCUUUUCUUCUACAUGGUUUUGUUAAUGUUCAUCAAGUGGAUCAAAUUCGCCGCCACCAAUAAAAGUAAGCUUCUUGUCCCUCGACAUAAUGGCUGCUGUUUAAUGACACCAUUUUCCCAUUUAGAACCCUACAACGAAGCCUGCGCGCCCUCCAUCCUGAUCACAUUCAUCGACAUGGUGCUCUUCAACACGCCUAAGCCGCAUCCGGAGAAAUGUGAGACCUAUAUGUUCUUUGGCCAGCACACUAUCCAGGUGCUCUUCGUCCUGGUUGCCGUCGGCUGCAUUCCCGUAAUGUUACUGGCCAAGCCGCUGCUCAUCAUGCAGGCCCGCAAGCAGGCGAACGUUCAGCCCAUUGCCGGAGCCACUUCUGAUGCAGAGGCUGGCGGCAUGUCCAAUGGCGGUCCCCACGGUGGUGCCGGUGGCCAUGAGGAGGAAGAGGAGCUCUCUGAGAUCUUCAUUCACCAGAGCAUCCACACCAUCGAGUACGUCCUGGGUUCGGUUUCCCACACCGCCUCCUAUCUUCGAUUGUGGGCGCUCUCCUUGGCUCAUGCCCAGUUGGCUGAGGUGCUGUGGACCAUGGUCCUCUCGAUUGGCUUGAAGCAGGAAGGACCCGUGGGCGGCAUCGUUUUGACCUGCGUGUUUGCCUUCUGGGCCAUUUUGACCGUUGGCAUUCUGGUACUCAUGGAGGGAUUGUCUGCCUUCCUGCACACACUGCGUCUCCAUUGGGUCGAGUUCCAGAGCAAGUUCUACAAGGGCCAGGGAUAUGCCUUCCAACCCUUCUCGUUUGAUGCCAUCAUAGAAAACGGAGCUGCCGCCGCCGAGGAGUAGAUGAAGCGGGAUCGGUCAGAGCAACAACCAAAGCACGUUGAGAGUCUCAUUGCGUUAUAUGAAAUUAACUAUCCAAAUAAGUGGAAUUUACCAGUUACAGUAACAAGCAUAUAUGUACGUUUUAAUGUUUAAUUGUCGUGAAUUUAUCUAUAUCGUAUAGCCCCAGCAAACAAUAGAUUGCUAACAAUAUUUAAUGUUCUUCGUAGACGUUCUCGUGUUUAUUAACUAUACUUUUAAACUCAAAUAAAUAGCAAAAGCUAACCCCCUUGGUGGGGUUGGCACCAAAAGAA